UUGAUUCUGUUCUCUUCCCUUCAACUGUUUCGUCUCCGACACUUCCCUCUGCAAAAUUCGGUCUUUCGUCUUCUGCGCUUCGUACACCCGCAAGGCUUCCGUCAGCAAAUCAGUUUCGUCUCCUUCCUCUUCUUCUUCGCCCGGUUUCGUUCCCUGCAACUGCAAUAUGUGCGAGAAAUUUUUCCGCAGAAGCUGAAUUGAGUCCACUCGGCCACUAAUUUCCGCCAAAUCACCGUAGCUUUGCUCCAAUGCCGUCCGCCAUGGACGCGGAAAGAUCAACGCUCACCGUGACUGUCUCCAACAUCCCGCAAACCGCCGUCGCCAACGAGCUCUUGACCUUCCUCGAGUCCAAGACGGGAGUAAGCACAAUUUACGCAGUUGAGAUUUUCACGGAGCACCAGAACUGGAAGUCCAGAGGGCAUGGUCGCGUCCAGUUCGACACUCCGGAAGCCAAGGCUAAGUGUCUGUUGCUUUCCGAAGAAAGGAAGCUUGUUUUCAAAGAGUUUUACCUCUCGAUCUCCCAUUCAUUCUACGAUAUCAUCGCUAGACCGGUGGAGGCAGCGAACAGGGUCGAGGUGAAUGUGCUUGCAGGAGUUAUGGUUAGGCAUGAUCGCUUUGGGAUUUUGGAGCGCUGGAAUGGGGUUGAAGUGUGGGUGAUGCCUGAGAGGAGGAAAGUUGAGUGGUUUGUGAAUCACGAAGAGGAAAGUUACAAAUUGGAGGUGCAAUUUGGGGAUGUUCUGGAGACGAGGCCUUGCUCCAUUGGUGGUAAAGAUGAUGCUAUUCUUUUGAAGCUCAACUGUGCACCAAAAGUAUUUAAAAGAAUUUCUGGGCCGAAGUUUUCAUCAAAAUUUGCUACAAACAGAUAUCGAAUUUGCAAAGAAAACUUUGACUUUCUUUGGGUUCGAACAACUGAUUUUUCACAUGUGAGGUCAAUUGGAUAUUUGACCACUCUUUGCUGGAAGAUCGAAGAAGGAAUUUGUUCAGAUGUAUAUACUGCAUUGCCGUGCUACUCAAAGGAUGUGAUGACACUAGAGCUUGAAAAAGGAGUAAAAUUCAGCCUGUCAUCUGAUUUGGUUCCAAUUGUUCAAAAUAGCCCAGCUUUCCCCGUAGCUUUCGAAGUUCUUUUCCAGUUGAAUUCACUUGUACAUGCUCACAAGAUUAGCCUUGCAGCAGUUGAUGGUGAACUUCUUAAGAUUCUGAAUGGUUUAAACACAAACACUGCUGUAGUGAUCCUUAAGAAAAUGCAUAAGUUGCAUUCCACUUGCUAUGAUCCUAAGUUUUUUAUCAAACAGCAACUUUCAAAUACAAGUGAAGCAGGUAAGGAUCUCGGUUCAAUUACUUAUAAAAGGUUAAAGAAUCAGAAUGUGAUGAGCUGUCAUAGGGUUCUUGUUACUCCAUCAAGGUUCUUCUGCUUGGGUCCCGAGCUUGAAUCCUCCAACUACAUUGUGAGAAACUUUGCUGAAUAUUCUUCUGACUUCCUGAGGGUCACAUUUGUUGAUGAAGAUUGGGGUAGGCUUCCCACAAGUGCUGUUUCCAUGACUGUUAGUCAAGGAAUCUACUCGAAGCCUUACAGAACAAAUGUGUAUCAUCGAAUUUUGUCUGUUCUUCGAGACGGGAUUGUUAUUGGAGAAAAACAUUUUCAGUUCUUGGCCUUUUCUGCCAGUCAGUUGCGCUCGAACUCAGUUUGGAUGUUUGCUUCGAAUGAAUAUGUGAAAGCUGAGGAAAUCCGACAAUGGAUGGGCUGCUUCAACAAGAUCAGAAAUAUCUCGAAAUGUGCAGCAAGGAUGGGUCAAUUAUUUAGCUCGUCAAAGCAAACUAUUGAAGUCCAUCCUCGGGAUGUCGAGCUCAUUCCUGACAUAGAUGUCAAUUCCCAUGGCGUGACCUACUGCUUCUCAGAUGGCAUCGGAAAAAUUUCCCAUAGAUUUGCUGAGGAGAUAUCCAGGAUGUUAGGCUUGUCUGAAAUCCCAUCGGCCUUCCAGAUUCGGUAUGGAGGAUACAAAGGGGUGGUAGCCGUUGAUCGCCAGUCCUACCGGAAGCUUUCUCUACGAAGCAGCAUGCUCAAAUUUGAAUCCGACAACUACAUGCUGAACAUCACCAAAUGGACUGAAUCCCAGCCUUGCUACCUGAACCGUGAAAUUGUUACGCUAUUGUCGACCUUGGGUGUCGAGGACUCUGUAUUCUUGGCAAUGCAAGAAGAACAGCUGCAGCUCCUUUGCGGAAUGCUGACGAACAAAGAUGCAGCACUCAAUGUGUUGGAGAGCACUGGCGGCGGUGAAAUGAAAAGCGUGCUAGGAAGGAUGUUGCUUCAAGGCUAUACGCCGCAGAAAGAGCCAUACCUCUCAACAAUGCUUCGGUCACACCUUGAAAGCCAGCUCUCUGAUCUAAGAGGUAGGUGUCGGAUCUUUGUCCCAAAAGGCAGGGUCCUAGUAGGAUGCCUGGAUGAACAUAGGACUUUGGAGUAUGGCCAGAUCUACGCUAGGGUGACCAUGACGAAAUCUGAGAUGAAGAGCAGCAAUAAAUCAUUUUUCCGGAAGGUAGAUAAAACAUCUGCUGUGGUUACUGGCAAAGUUGUGGUAACUAAAAACCCUUGUCUCCAUCCGGGUGAUAUCAGAGUCCUUGAAGCUGUGUUCGACGAGAAAUUGUACAAGGCUAAUCUGGUGGAUUGUCUUGUUUUCCCCCAGAAAGGAGACAGGCCACACCCUAACGAAUGCUCGGGUGGUGAUCUUGAUGGCGAUCUGUAUUUUAUAAGCUGGGAUCAAAAUCUCAUCCCCCCUCGAACUGUGGCCCCAAUGGACUACACAGGACGACGUGCGCGUAUCACGGACCAUGAUGUCACUUUAGAGGAAAUCCAGAAAUUUUUUGCUGAUUACAUGAUCAGUGACACUCUUGGCGCCAUCUCGACGGCACAUCUAAUCCACGCUGGCCGCGAACCCGAUAAAGCCCUGAGUCCAAAAUGCCUUGAAUUAGCCACCCUCCACUCUAUGGCUGUCGACUUUGCUAAAACCGGGGCCCCAGCCGAGAUGCCUCGAUCUCUAAAGCCGAGAGAGUUUCCUGAUUUCUUGGAGAGGUGGGAGAAACCGAUGUACAUCUCGCUAGAUCCGCUAGGCAAGCUGUACCGCGCCACAAUUCAUUUCAUUCGGCAGACAAAACCAACCCCCGAUCACCUAGACAAGAUCCCAUCAGAUGCGUUUGACCACGACCUCAUUGUUGACGGCUACAAGGCCUUCCUGAAAGCUGCCGAAGGUCACAAAGAACAGUACCUGGAGAAAAUGGGAACGCUCAUGAACUACUACGGCGCCGAAGCUGAAGUGGAGAUACUGACCGGCGAACUCCAGAAGAAGACGUCGUACUUGCAGAGGGACAACCGGAGAUACGGAGAGGUGAAAGAACGGAUCUUGGUUUCGGUUAAGAGCCUGAUGAAGGAGGUGAAGGAGUGGCUUGGGAGCUGCUGCGGCCAGGACAAGCAGCAGCAGCAGCAGCUGGUGUCGGCGUGGUAUUAUGUGACGUAUCAUCCGUCGUAUUCUCAUGGCAGUGCUAACUGUUUGGCGUUUCCGUGGGCUGUCGGGAAUGUGUUGCUGGACAUAAAAUCAGCCAAGAUCCGUUCCAAUGGCGUGUCGGAGUGAAUUUUAGGUAAGAUUUCAGUCCCCUGUUCUGCUCUGUGUUCUUGAUCUAAUGCCGAGAUUUUUCCGAUGUUUUUGAGUAGGUUGUAUGAAGAGAAAAUCGGAUUGAAUCGAUGUUGAUCGGUGCUGCAUCGCCUUCGUAUAAAUCCUGGGUGAAAUGUACAUACCGUUUUUUUCUUCAUCAUUAACAUGAACUUGUGACUAUCUGGAGUUAUUUGCACUGUUAGAAUGGCAGAUGAAAAUUUGAUCUCUUAAGUCGGAAUUUCUCUUCAUAAAUGAUAAGACAUGCUCGUCUUCAACUGAA